AAAAUAAAUAACAUAAAUGGAAAAUCAAUUAUCCCCUCUAGUUAAAAAGCCUUGAGCUAAUCUUAAAGAAGCAGGGCAAGUACUUAUCCAAAGACAUGCGAGGUCUUUGGCUAACGAAAGCUAUGCGAAGAUUAAAGACCUCUCCGAUUUUGAAGAGGUUUCGAAAUGGAUUUGAGAUCCCAAAUUUAGAGACCCUAAGCUCUCGGAAACUGGGCAUCAUCAAUGUCGUGAAGCUAGACCACUUGUCAAUGGUCUAAAAAUUCACACAGUGUUUGUUUCUCCCAUGAGGAGAACUCUCGAGACAGCUUAUCUCGUAUAUCACACUCAUCCAGAUUUUAAGAACAUUCGAUUCGUUAUUUUACCGGUGAUCCGAGAAAGCUUAAAUACUUCUUCAGAUAUUCCGUCUGAUAUUGACUUUAUCGUUGAAGAGUUUAGAGAGCUAAUUCCUCAAUUAGAUGAUUCACUCCUUGAAGCGUACUGAGACAGGAAACACUACUUCAUUGAAGACCUUCAAGAUGAAGUCAAGAAUGUCAUCCAGGCAGAACUCGGUGAAAACACUGAAGACCCCCUCGGUAGCAAUGCUUAUGACCUCUUUAUAAGAGAGUCCAAGAAGAUAUUCCCAGCGAGGCUGGAAUCUAGGUGGAAUGUUUAUGACAGGUCUGUCAAAACUAAAAAUUUUGUCAAGAACUAUAUUAAAAAUUAUCAUAUUCCAAAGGACCAGAAGAUUAUCCUUCUUGCCCACUGAAUCUAUUUCUAUAUGCACACAGGCAAAUGGGACCAGAAAUGAAGCAGGAAGGAGGAAUUACCCUAUCCAGCUGAGUUUAUCCGAAUGAAGAACUGUGAAAUCACUGAAGAUCCUUCGGAGUACGACGUCUAGCACACGUAUUUAACUAAUCUAUUUAAAAUACGAAUAUAUCA